GUUCGGCUGCCCCGGUCGGACGAUAUCUAUGGUCGGAGCGGUGGAAGUGUAUUGGAGAGGCAGGGCAACAAGCAGCAGGGCCCUCCCACUUCGGCUCUGCACUUAAACGCACUCGCACGCCAGGAAUGGAUAACGGCUGCCUCCAAACAUGGCACUGCGACACUAUACUCUCGACUUCAACCUCUCGACGGCAGGUCGGGUCGCGGGGGCAGCAGCCUCAGCAGGGAAGCCCAGACUUCCCUCUCCCCAGCCACUUCCUGCAGCUCUUCCGAGGGGAUCCCGAGGCGUUCCCAGUUGACUCUGCAUCAACGGUCCCAGGCCUGCUGUCCAUAUUCCACGAGCAGGAAAUGACAGAGACCGUACAUGACUCAGAUGGCCGUGGAUACCUCGCCACAUUUGUUGGAAAGAACGGCAGACUGCCGCCACUCGUCCGAGGGGCAAAAGUGGACCGCUACUGGCCCACCACUGAUGGAAGGCUGACAGAGUAUGACAUAGACUGCGUGUUGUACGACGAAGACUCGCCAUACCAAAAUAUUAAAAUAUUGCACUCACAGCAGUUUGGGAACAUGCUGGUCCUCAACGGAGAUAUCAACCUGGCUGAGAGCGACUUGCCCUACACGGAAGCUAUUAUGGGCAGCGGAAAGGAGGACUACGCUGACAAGGAGGUGCUGAUUUUAGGAGGAGGUGACGGAGGAAUCCUCGCUCAGGCUGUCAAACUAAAGCCAAAGAUGAUCACCAUGGUGGAGAUUGAUCAGAAGGUGAUUGACGGGUGCAAAAAGUACAUGAGGAAGACGUGUGGCAAUGUGCUGGACAACCUGAAGGGGGACAGUUACCAAAUUCUAGUGGAAGACUGUGUACCUGUGCUCAAGAAGUACGUCCAAGAGGAAAGACUGUUUGACUACAUCAUUAACGAUCUCACUGCAGUCCCAAUAUCCACAGAACCAGAAGAAGACUCAACAUGGGAGUUCCUUCGUCUCAUUAUGGACCUGUCGAUAAAAAUUCUGCAUCCUAAGGGGAAAUAUUUCACCCAGGGCAACAGUGCAAAUCUGACAGAGGCUCUGAGUCAGUAUGAGGAGCAGCUGGGAAGACUCUCCUGUCCUGUGGAGUUCUCCAAAAAAGUGGUUUGCGUGCCCUCCUACAUGGAACUCUGGGUUUUCUACACUGUGUGGAAGAAGUGACAACUUUCUCUUUUAUUUUUUUCUCCGCUUUUUCUCCUUUCCCCUUCAGCUGCUGGAAUGUGAACAGGCUUUCUUCUCUGCUGUAUAGCUCUCUAGGUAUGUUCGGACUGAGCAUGAACACUCUCACUGUUAUGGAACACUCAAUGAAAAGUCAUCAUGGUUCCAAAUCUUCAACACGCACAUUGCGAUUAUGCUCAGUCAGUUUAUACUGCAGUUGCAUCAUGCCGCUCAAACACACCAGUGGUUUGUUGAUGCAGCUUACUUCCCCUUCUUUACACAUUUCUCCUUUUACUUUUAUAGUUGGGUUUUAAGUAUUGUUUGCUGCAAGCCAAUGAGUCUUUUUUUUUAUUUUUAUUUUUUUUAAUAAAUUUUAUUUGAUUUUAUAUAAACCUUACUUGGGGCGGCACGGUGGACGACUGGUUAGCACAUCGGCCUCGCAGUUCUGAGGACCGGGGUAGGUUAAUUGAAGACUCUAAAUUGCCCGUAGGUGUGAAUGUGAGUGCGAAUGGUUGUUUGUUUACAUGUACCUUGCGAUUGGCUGGCGACCAGUUCGGCCUCUCGGCCGAAAAUAAACUCCAGUAGGCCCACGACUCUAGUAAGGAUAAGCGGAACGGAAGAUGAAUGAAUAAACCUUGGAAGACCCAUUAAUAUUAAUAAGUAUGCACUCUUCUAAACGUUCUCUUUGGAGGUUUAAACUGUGAGCUGAUACACUGACAAUGUGACAAUGUUACUGAUAGAACAGCUGCACAGUUGCUUGUUUUAUUGUUUGUUGGUUUGUCCCCUUAUGGGGUUAAGAUAUCAACUGAAUUACUUUUAAGCUGUUUUUUGUUACAUGGUCAUUUGAUUCUUUUUUUUUUGUUUUUUGUUUUUUUUGCUUUCCCCUCCAGGUCGAUUUCUUGGCAUUACGCCUGAUAACGAUUCCAAUGUCGAAAGGGGGUGGGCGGAAAAAAUCCACUACUUUAAUUCCACCUUUGUGCUAUUUUAUGUCAUGUUUUAUUAGCAAUGUUCGUUUCUUCUGAUAUAAUAAAGUGUAACACUGACCAGCCACAACAUUAUUGACCACUUACACAAUAUAAAAAGGCCAAUAUGAGUUGUAUCAAGAAGUCUGCCUUUACAACGAUAAUAAUGAAAUGUUCAGUUUUCAUACUGAGACAGUAUGUUUGUAUUUUGAGGCAGCACGGCGAGUAUGUCUGCUUCAGUGCAGUUUGCAUAUUCCCACUACUUGCAUGGGUUUUCUUCACGUACUCCGGCUUCCUCCCACAUUCCAAAAACAUACGUUAGGGUCAUUGAAGACUAGAUGGAUGGUUGUAGUUUGCUGUAGUGUAGAACUGCACUGCAUCAUACUGGAAUAUGUUUUUAAUAUUUUGUAUACGACAUAACCAAACUAUAAGAUCGCAGUAUUACGCUCCUAAGCACAAUAAUAAACACAUUGUUCAGUUAAUAACUAAUGGUUUCAAUCAAAGAGCAUUAUCUUCGUAUUGAUACACUUGUCGAUACAGAUCUUGCAGUGGAUCUCAUUCGAUUACACAGGUGGUUGUAAUGUUGUGGCCAGUCUGUGUAUAUCAGAUGUGAAAGACAGUGAAUGUAGCUUGCGUAGCACGUUUUCAAGCGACCCUGUGGGACUCGGUGGCAUUUAUUUAUUCUCUCUCUCUCUCUCUCUCCCUGAAAUAAGAUUGUUCCAUACUAUUUACUUUGUAACCUUUAGAAAUUAAAGUGGCUUUCGCCGAUGCACUAUUUUUCUCAGUGCAAAUGCCAUUAGUGAAACAGAAUGGGGAAAAAAAAAAAAUAAUAAUCCUUUCUAUAUUCUAAAAAGCAUGUGAAUCUUGCAUAAUAUGAAUGCCUCAAGGAUUUAAAAGUAACAUCUGAGAAAGUAAAAACAAGCCGCCAGUGGCUUUUGCGAUCUGUGUAGUGUAUAGAUGUCAAAUAAGAAUUGAAUUAAUUUAGUAGACAGUAAUAAGCCGGGAGCGACGCUUGCGUUACUUCUGCUUUAUCGUAAUUUUAAAUUAAAUUGUUAAAAUCAAAAUAAUGUCUCGGAAAAGGGCACCACGGCACUUUUUACAAGUAUAAACUUUAGGAGAAAUGACGACAAACCUUUUUAAUCAGUCUCAUACUCUGAAGGUUGCUACACUCUAUGACAUUUUGAAUCCUAGAUUACAGAGUUUUACGCAAACUCAGAACACACACCAAAUACGACCAAGAGUUGAAUUUUAUAUUUAAUGAAACACACAGCUACAACUACAAAAAGGAAAAUAACACUAAGGGUAAAAGAAAGAAAAUGAGGCGUACGGAAAUGGAAACGAGGACAUCGUGUGUGGUCGCUGGGCUAAAAUAAGUGACCGUUUACUGCGUUGAGUCAGAGCGAGAGAAGACAAAGUUGGGAUUUCGUGUGAAGCUAGUAAUUUCUCCAAAAUUAUUAGGCACUGAUGUUGUACAUCAUAGUAAAGAUUGCAGUGUCGACUCACGAGCGCAGAUCAGCUGGUCUUUCGGGGUGGUCUUCCUCCGGCCCUCAGGCAGAAAUGAAGCAGGUUUGGUUGAAGAAAAACAAGAUGCACAAAAUAAAAAGAAAUGGGGAAGGAAAGUUGUUGUCCCGUUUGGGGUACCGCCGCUCAUAACUUUCCUGCUGGUGGAACUGGUGGCGGGCCGAGCUCUGGCCCUCAGAGGCGUACGGGAUGCCGGUAGUUGCUUGCUGAGGCCCCUCCCACCGAUCGUCGCUAGGGAAAGCGAUCUGAGCCGCAUGGCCGGCUUCUUCGAUCGAAAACGCCGCCGGCUUGGUUGCAGCGGGCGUUCGCGCACGUGGUGGCUCCCGGAGGCGCCCGAGGACAAAGAAGAAAAAAGAAGGGGGAGGGAGUUGGCCUGAGGCCAACCAGCUGGCGAGCUGCCAGCAAGGUACGAGGAGAGGAGGAACAAGACUAGACUCAACUCACGGAGGAAAGUGUGAAUUCAUAGUUAAAUACCCCAGAGGCAGGGUGUAGGAAGAGGAAUUGCCGACUUGGAGAAGACCACACCCAUCAGCCUGAAUCUUGUCUACAAAUUGGAGUAAAUUGGUUUAAAAUCAUAAUCUAAAACACUCCCAACUUUGUACUCUCACGCAUAGAAUCAUUGUUUAAACUUUGGUCGUGGCAGAUGGGUUGUUUAUUGUUCAAUACAACAUUUCGUACUGUUUGAUUUCAAAUCAUGAACAGCUUUCAAAAUCUUGCAGAGGACCUGUCGAACUGAGAAUAGUGACACAGACAGCAAGGCAUACAUUUGGAAUGUUUCUAUAGAGUUUGCAAGAUAUCAAAAGACAUUUUAUCUGCUGUUAACAAACAGAGGCGCGUCCACGGGUGGCCCCUCAUGAGCAGGUUCGAAUAUUAACCACAUGGUCUCCCCCAAACAUUUGGUCCGGGAGGCAGUCUUUUGAAGACUGGAAUCAAGAUUUGAUGGGAAGCUGCUAAUUAGGUUAAGGUCCACUUGACGUACACCAGGCACUGUCCUAGUCGCUGUCUCACAGCAGGGCAGCGUGGAGAAGUGGGGUUCUCAAGUGGUUGCGAGUCUCUGUGGCACCUCGAUUUGCGGAGCGCAUGUCCGCUACAUCUGGUUGUGAUGGAAGUCUGACAAAGAUACCAGCAUGGUUCAGUCAAAUUUUAAAACUGGUUAGUUCAAACAGUUGAAGCCAAAUGAUUAAAUAGUCAUUGUUGGA